AUGUCCGUGCUCGGAAUCGACAUCGGAAAUGACAACUCCGUGGUGGCGGCGAUCAACAAGGGAGCCAUCAACAUCGUGCGGAACGAUGUGUCGGAGCGGCUGACGCCCACGAUGGUGGCGUUCACGGAGAAGGAGAGGCUGAUCGGAGACAACGCGCUGGCCAAGGUGAAGUCGAAUUUCAGGAACACCUGCAGGAAUAUAAAGAACCUCAUUGGGAAGCUGGCGGAGCAGGCAGAUGAAGACGACAUCGAGGUGAGCGAGUCGUUUGGGAAUCUAGUCCCCUGCGAGCAUAACUACCUGGGCUACCAGGUAGAGUAUAAGAAGGAGAAGGUUGACAUAAGUGUCGUGCGGGUGCUCUCAGCUCUGCUUUUCUCCCUAAUCAAGUUAGCAGAAAAGUACAUAGGGAAGGAAUGCAACGAGAUUGUGUUGUCUUACCCACCUACCUUUACGAACAGCCAGAAGGAGUGCCUCAUCGCAGCCACAAAAAUUAUUAACGUCAAUGCGUUGAGGAUCAUCAGUGACAACACAGCCGUUGCUUUAGAUUAUGGGAUGUACCGAAUGAAAGAAUUUAAGGAGGACGUCGGGUCGGUGGUGGUGUUUGUAAACAUAGGUUACGCGAACACAUGUGUGUGUGUGGCUCGGUUUUUCUCCAACAAAUGUGAAAUUCUGAGUGACGUGGCGGACACCAACCUGGGAGGAAGGAACAUAGAUAAUGAGCUGAUCAAAUAUAUUAACAAUGUGUUUAUAACAUCGCAUAAGAUGAAUCCGCUAUAUAAGAUACGGUCCACCGAUCUGUGCGAAAUGGGAACGGGGAAGCUGAACCCACAUUUCGUUACAUCUAACAAUGAAACGAGUCAAAUUGACAACAAGAUUAGGGUGAAGCUGCAGGACGUUGCGAUGAAGACGAAGAAGGUCCUCUCGGCGAACAACGAAACGUCUAUACAUGUGGAGUGUCUCUAUGAGGAUUUGGACUGCCAAGGGUUCAUAAGCAGAGACAAUUUUGAAGAGUUGUGCGCUCCCUUCUUUCUCGCCAAAUUGAAAACGCUAUUAAAUAAAGCCAUGCAGGUGAGCAAACUCAACAUAGCGGAUGUGCAGUCGAUCGAAAUUUUAGGAGGUUCCACGAGAAUUCCAUUCAUACAGAAGUUUCUACAGCAAUAUUUCGAUAAACCACUAUCCAAAACGCUCAUUGCCGACGAGUCCGUCGCCAGGGGGUGCGUCCUCUCGGGAGCCAUGAUUAGCAAACACUACAAAGUGAAGGAAUACGAGUGCAUCGAGAGGGUCACCCACCCGAUCAGUGUCCAAUGGCACAACAUCAGCGAUCCAUCGAAAUUUAAAGUGGAAAGGCUAUAUGACACGGACUCUUUGAAGAAGAAGGUGAAGAAGGUAGUCAUCCCAGAGAAGGGGCACAUCAAAGUGACUGCCUACUAUGAAGACAGCCCAGACUUACCCCCACACUGCAUCAAAGAGUUAGGGUCUUGCCUCAUCAAGGUGAAUGACAAAAAUGAUAAGUUCGUGGAAUCCCAUGUGAUGACUACCUUCUCGGAGAGUGACACCUUCACCUUCUUAGGCGCCCAGACGGUGUCCAAGACGGUGAUAAAGCCCAAGGAGGAUAAGAAAAAAGGGGACGAGAAGAAGGACGCACAAAAGGGGGAUGCACACGCAGAUGCUACCAACGAGGGAGAAACAAAUGGGAAGGAAAAAAAAACGAAUGAGGAUGAAUCGAAUGAAGGGAAGGAAAACGCAGAGGGUGCAACUCCCAAUGGCACGGCAUCUCCGUCUCACCAGAGUGGCCACAAAGCUGAGCUGAAGAAGGGAGAGGAGGGCAAAGUGCAGACAUGCUAUACCACCCUCCCCAUCGAAGUGAUCGGAGCCCCCGGAUCGUACAGCACCAAAGACAUCUACACUUUUAGCGAAGCAGAAAUUAACAUGCAACACAGCGAUUUGCAAGAAGCGGAGAGGCUCAAAAAUAUAAACGAGCUGGAGACAAUCAUUUAUGAGACAAGAAACAGACUGAAUGGAAUGUACAAAGAUUUUGUGAUGGAGGAGGAGAGGGACGCCAUCCUGCUCUCCCUAGACGAUUGCGAAAAUUGGAUUUAUGAUAAUAUUGACGAGAAUAAAAACGCCUUUAUAAAGAAAAAGGAACAAAUUAGGGAGAGAGUAAAAGACAUCAUUUAUAGGUAUGACACCUACAGUGCGAAGGAGAAAAACUUGGGAAACAUUUUGAACCAUUUGAAUAACGUAAUCGCUCAGUGCGAAAAGAGACCAUCGGAGGAGAGUCAGAAGAUUAUCUCGAGGACGACGAAGCUGCUGGACAACCUUAACGCCAUGCAGGAGAAGGAGAUGAAGCAGCCCCUCUACGAGGCCCCCCUUUACACCCUCAAAGAUAUUGAAAACGAAUUCAACGACGUCACGCAGAUGGCGCAGAAGCAUUUCUCCAAACUGGAGGCAGAGGAAUUGGCCAAGCAGAAGGAGAAGGAGAAGCAGGAGAAACAGGAGAGGGAGAAAAUGGAAAAGGAAAAGAAGAAACACCAGCAUGCAGAUGGGAAAGAGGCCGACGAUCACGUCGAAAAGGAUACCAACAGUAAGGACGCCAAGGAGACCGACGAGACGGAUAACUCCACGAACAAGGACAACGCGGGCAGCGCGGAGGAGAAGGACAUCUAA